GCAUACCGCCAUUCCUGAUCCUGAUCCUGAUCCUCGUGCUAGAUCCGUUCCUGGACCCUUUGCAACCACCGCCAUCACCACCGCCACAUCUUUCCCCACUCCAUACAUAUAUACCACCGCCAUGGUAUCAAGGACACUGUCCAUGGGCCUCCGCGCCUGGCAGCUCAUCUGCGCCCUCAUCGUCACAGCCCUCAUGGGCAACAACAUUGCUCGUGCCAACCACGGCACUCACUCCAUCAUCAACUACUCGCUCUUCGUCGGCGUAUGGUGGCUCUUCACCCUGCUGUACUUCCUGCCCACGUCCUUCAUCGACCGCUUUAGCGUGCCCAUCGUCGACAUUGCCCUUGAUGCCCUGAGUGUCAUUUUCGGCUUCUGUGCUGCUGUUGCUCUGCCCUCGUAUAUCGGCGCCCACAGCUGCUCCAACAGCUGGUACACGCAUCACAACAGUGUGCUCAACAGCUCGCCCGACACGGAGCAAAACUGUCGCCAGGCCCAGGCCACCACUGCCUUUCUCUGGUUUGGCUGGGCUGCCUUCGUCGCUACCCUCGCCGCCAACAUGAUGAACGGUCGUGGCAGCGGCGCCAACCUACGUAGUGGUGUGCGUCGUGGAGGCCCCGCCAUGAGCCAGGUCUAGGGUGCCUGUCGCAUCCGCUCUGAUGCUUCUUGGAACACGCGAUCAGACGCGAGCACCGUUUGAGCAAGUCUCUAAACCGUGUCCAAGACUCUUUGCUAUGCCAAUCUGUACAAUAUCACGCGGGUGGAGGAAGCAUUGUGCUAGAUGCCGAUGCCGUUGGGUUUUGCUAUUAUCGGGAGGAUUGCAAGGAUACCAGUAUACAUGUCUUAUAUAUUUUCUUUCGACCGCGAGCGAUUGGCGAAACGAUGGAAACGAUUUUAAGCUAGUGUAAUGAAUAUCAUGGUUAAUGUUACACAUACUUGUAUGCGUAUCA